AUGGCAGCCGUCGUUGAAUGUGUUCAGUACCAAUGGCUCCAUUGGUUGACAGCCAAGGAAAAAGCCGAGUUCCAGGGGCCGAGGCCAAAGAGGACAAAGGCGGUUGACGGCGGUAUUGGCAGUAAAACGGAAUUACCUGGAGGUUUGCAAAAGCCGUCCCACUUGUGGAACAUGAAGCCUGUUCUUCAACCUAUUACGAGACUCCUAUCUGCACUCGAGUCAGCGGUCAAAGUUUUGCGUUCUUUGGACUUGAGUUUCAACAGAUUGGAGGCGGUUCCUUUUGGUGCGAUCGCCCCACUUGCUACCUUGGAAUGGCUGAAUCUUUACAGUAAUUGUAUAACGAGUGUGAGAGGAAAUUGGGGUGGAACGACUGGAACGGUGACGAAGAUGUUCCUCGGCGAGAACCACCUCGUGACUAUGAAAGGUCUCGAAAAAUUCAAAUCCCUCACCUGGCUGAACAUGGACAAAAACCACAUGCGGGCCAUCGAGCCCGGCUCAUUCCCUCCUUCCCUCCAGACCCUCAGCCUCUCCUCGAACCUUUUCUCGAUAUUCCCCGCUGACUACAUCGUAUCUUCAGAGAGGAUAGCGUGGCUCUACUUGAGAGACAACUUUAUAAACACCCUUCCGUUGUACAAUUUCAAGCACAGGAAGAAACUGGAGAAGUUGGACGUAGGCGAAAACUUUCUUAGAGAGCUCAAGGGCGUGUUUAACGGCAGCUUGCAAGUGAGGGACUUGCUGCUAGAUUUGAACCAGCUCACGUCCAUCUGGGAAGGCGCUUUCAGAGGCACAGGCGCGGGCCGUAUCAACCUCUCACAAAACCGUUUGGAAGCGCUAGGUGAUAAAGUUUUCCUAGGUGUAGAAGACACAUUAGAGUACUUAGACCUCGGAGGGAACUUUUUUCAGGUGGUUCCUAACGCGUUGACCACGUUAAACAAGCUCAAAUACCUUUAUAUACCGUCCAAUAAUAUAUCCUUUAUACAAAACGAUACCUUCCAGAGCUUUUCGUCUACGCUUAGCGCCUUGUCUUUGGCGGGAAACAAAUUGGAAGCCGUGCCGUCAGCCGCUUUAGAAGAUUGCAAGAAACUCUCCCAUUUGAAUUUGGGGUACAACCAAAUAAUGGAAAUAAACGAAGACGACUUUUACGGCCUAGAAAAUCUUAGGACUCUCCUCCUCAUGAACAACAGGAUAAUCGAGUUGCACGCCCACACUUUCCGGCAGAUGCCCAAUUUGCGAGAACUUUCCCUCUCUUUCAACAAGAUAAGCGCCGUCGACCCGGACGCCUUCAUCGAUAUGGAAACUACUUUAGAAAGUUUAGAAGUAAGUUUCGGUCUCUACCAAGAGGAGUUCCCGGAAGAGGUUUUAAAGCCUCUGAAAAGCCUCAUAUGGCUUGCAUUGGACAAUAACAGCCUGAGAUCGGUAACGCAAAGCGCUUUGUACUCGUUUAGAAACCUCCAAUACUUAAAUUUAGAAGGCAACCGGUUGUCCCAUAUACCAAUAGGAAUAUUUCACCCCAGUAUUCACCGAGAUCUCAGAGAUAUCCGUCUGUCCUUUAAUCAUUUGAUUUCCGUCGAUCCUCACAUGUUUUCCGGUUUACCUGAAGUGCAGUCGAUAGUGCUAAGCGGAAACCAAAUAAACACAAUAAAAACAAAUGCAUUCAGAAGUCUUCCGUCCAAAUUAUCUGUCAUUCUGUCUGAUAAUAAAAUAUCGACGAUAUCGCCCAGAGCAUUUAACGACAUCGCUACGCUCGUCCGCUUGGAUCUUCAAUCGAACGAGCUCCAAGACUUUUCGUUGAGCGCUUUUCAAAAUGUGACCGCGCCUUAUCUGCCAUUAAAUUUGAACCUGUCCCGGAAUCAAAUUUCAAAUCUUAGAGUCGCCGAUAUUAUGCGCCCCGUUUGCAUAAACACGAUAGACCUGACGCACAACAGAAUAAGUUUCGUUCCGAAGGAAUUUUUCGAAUCGAUCUCUCUGUCGCUUUGCAAAAUAUUUCUCGGUUACAAUCACAUUACCAAAUUAGACGAAAUGGCGUUUAGCGAACUCCCCCAACUCCAAGUCUUGACGCUCCAGCAUAAUUCAAUCGUGAGUUUGCGGAAAAGGGCGUUCGUCGGAUUAGGAAAUCUCCAGAUAUUAGAUUUGUCGCACAAUCACAUCGAACAACUUCACAUGGAGCAAUUUAAGUCUCUGUCUCGCCUCAGGGUCGUCGAUCUCUCUUUUAAUCACAUCAGGAGCAUCCCGAGAGACGCUUUUCAAAACACGAAACUCGAAAGGCUGGAUCUUUCCAAUAAUGAGUUCCUCGUCGUGCCCGGCGCCGCACUCGGCGAGGUCGGAUUCACGCUGAGGAUACUCGACAUGUCGCACAACCACAUCGAACGGCUCGACUCGACCCUUUUCCCUGAAACGCCGCUUCUCACCGUACUUAAUCUGUGUCACAACAAGCUGACCGUCCUCCAGGAUGGCGUUUUCAAGAGCCUUACGGUCCUCCUGCGCCUCGAGCUCUGCGGUAACAGGAUCAGGGCCGACCAUAAAGAGCUGCUUAAGUACAGCCCGGAACUGAGGGUGCUGAACUUAGGCGACACAGGAAUUCGGAACCUUCCACCUUUGCCGCCUUUGGAGAAACUAGUCUCCCUCAACCUUUCUUCCAAUCCAUUGACGUCUAUUGCUUCCCUGUCCGCACCAGCACUCAGAACACUCUACAUAUCUAAAUGCAGAAUACAGGUUGUCCCAGUAUGGAGCAAGUUUCCCAUUCUCAAACACUUAGAUAUGACCUACAAUCCUAUCAAGUCGCUGAGUAAGGAGAGCUUUAAAGGCUUGGGCAGGCUGGAGUCAUUAGACUUAACGGGAUUGGACAAGUUGGAAAGGCUCGAUAGCGACUGCCUUUCCAGUUUAGGAGCCUUGAGAAGUCUCAAUAUACAAACUUGGCCCAACAUCUUAAGUUACGGAGUGGGACAGCUCGUGAGAAGGAUCACGUCAUUGCGACGUCUGUCGGUCACAGUGACAGAGACACGGCUUUCCACCCUGGGAGGUCCUUUGGGGAAGAAACUGCGCCACCUGGAGAUCAAAGGAGCCGGGCUCAAAGAGCUGGACAGCGGGGCACUGCGGGGCCUGACGCCCACUCCGGAGCUCGUACUCCAAAUCAGAGACACUUCCAUCGAGGAACUUCCCCUCGGACUUCUCUCGUCACUCAGAGUCACUCACCUAUCGUUAGACCUGAGGAACAACCGACUGACGUCUCUCUCUCCUGACAUUCUUUAUUACAAUCUGACGAGCUGGGAGAACUCAGGCACCAAGCUCAUUUCUGGUAAGAGGAAUGUUUAGUAACCAUAAAACAACACCCAUUUUUCUAAGA